GAACAAUAAUCCGACGGAAACUGAUCCUGCGGUAUUGGCCCAGAGCUCCUCGGUAAACAUAUUCCACGAUGAAUCGAUCUUGCCGCAGCGUAAUGUUAAAACAAGCAAUGAUCCUGUUUGUAACCAGGUGAAAAUGUACCCCCAUCAUGUGCGGAGAAAACCUUGUUUGUGCUUUCUAUCAUUCUGAUAGUCCUGACGGUGCCGUGGUCCCUUUUCUGCUGCCUCAGGGUCAUGUCGGAGUAUGAGCGAGCGGUGAUCCUCCGUCUGGGACGCCUGCGUCCAAAACCUCCCAGGGGACCGGGCGUCAUUUUUGUAGUGCCUUGCAUUGAUGACAUCACCGUUGUGGAUAUACGCACCAGGUCGUUCGAUUUAGAUAGGCAGGAGAUCCUUACUCGAGACAUGGUGACGAUCAGCAUCGACGGUGUGGUAUACUACAGCAUCAAGAGCCCUUUUGAUGCGAUGCUGCAGGUAUUCGAUCCUGAGGAAGCCACCGAGAAGCUGGCCAUGACCACACUGCGGAACGUGGCCGGCACCCACAAGCUAAUGGAUCUGCUGUCUUCCAAGGAGUACCUGUCCAACCAGAUCGAAGGUAUAUUGUACAACUCUACAGAGCCUUGGGGAGUGCGCGUGGAGCGGGUGGAAAUAAAGGAGAUCUUCAUGCCGGACCAACUGAAGCGCGCCCUGGCCGUGGAGCAGGAAGCUAUGCGUGAGGCCAAGGCCAAGGUGGCCGCCGCCCAAGGAGAGCGGGACGCUGUAAAAGCGCUGAAGGAAGCCGCUGACAUCAUGGAGACCAACCCAAUCGCCUUGCAACUGCGCUACCUGCAAACACUAAACUCCAUUUGCAACGAUAACACCAGAUCAUAUGUCUUCCCCUUUCCUGUGGAUAUUGUGAGGAAACUAAUGAAGUGAUUAGCAGUGCUUGUUGUAAAAUAGCAUCACUAGUCGAUUGUGCAAUUCCAAAAAUACUUUAUGUAGUACGUAUGCACGUCCAAAAGAGGAUCAUUCAAUUACAGAUGUAUCAGCUCAUUAGAGUUAAUACUUAAAUCUAAAUGCUCAACUCAAUAAUUCCAAAUGAUGAUUACCAUUUUAGGACAGAAAUAGUUGCCAUUAUUGCUCAAUAGAAUAGAUUUGAUGAAUAGAUUCACUUUAUUCCUAAACAUUAUUUUAUUUUCAUAUCUAAAUUAAGGUCCAGCCAAGCAAAAUUACUUUAUAUUAGAAUAUAUAAGUAAAUUAUUAGAAAACAAAAAUAAAGACAACUUCCAACUUUUUUUGUAACCUACAA